AUGGUAUUUGGAGCGCCAUCUCAUCGGGUCGAAUCUCAACUUAAUGCCACGGCAAAUGUCUUGGAGGUUGACGCCCAGUUUAUUCACCUGCCAUCGAUCGUCAUUGCUUCUUUUGGUGAUCCUGAUACGCGUACAUCCGACACGCAAUUCAUCAAAGCAUCUGGCGGUCUAGACCUGGGAAAGCUUCAUCGCGUUCACCGGAUCUACAGAAAAGUCGUCCAUGAUGAGCUCGAUGCUGCCGACGGUACCAAACAGAUUCAAGAACUACUUCGAGCACCCUCCAUUUACAACGUGUGGCAUCGAAUAUGCCUGGCCUUCUUUUCUGCUGGAAUCGCUGCCCCACUCGCUUUCGGCGGGAGCUUUGUAGAUGGGCUUGCAGCGGGAUGCUGUGGGAUCCUCCUGAGUUUCUGGCAGCUGCAUGUCGCGAGUAACAGCUCGAUGUAUUCCAACAUUUUCGAAAUCUCAAUUGCCACAUUCGUUUCCUUCGCUGCUCGAGGUCUGGGUACGACGGGCAUCUUUUGUUAUCAAGCCGUGGCAUCGGCAGGCGUGACUUUGAUCCUGCCUGGAUAUGUCAUCUUAUGUGGAUCUCUCGAGUUGGCAUCCAAGAACAUUGUUUCUGGAUCAGUGCGAAUGGUCUACGCUAUCAUCUACUCGCUCUUCCUCGGCUUCGGCAUCACGAUUGGUUCCGACAUCUUCUUUGUCCUUGAUCGCAAAGCGCGAGCGGCUCAAAACGCAGCCAUAGCAGCUCAAUCAAACUUUGUCACCCUCACGGGGUCUUUCAUCCCCAUGGCAGUCAACAGCUCAUUCGCACCGAUGAUCAACGCCAGCAGUCCCUUGAUACCUUUCAACGGGACAUUCACAUUCUCCAAUCAGUCAUACUCUGACGUCGACAGCUCACUGCGGUCGGGUCACAUCAUCUGUGACCGACCAGAUGGUCUCCCCUGGUACCGUCAGAACAUGCCUCGGAUCUACGCCAUCGGUCUGGUUCCCAUUUUCAGUACCCUCAUCGCAUUAUGGAAUAUGCAACCGAUCAAGAGUCGCCAAUUACCCGUCAUGGUCGUCAUCAGCUGUAUCGGUUACCUUACCAAUACCCUGGCGAAUCACUACAUCUUUGACCGAAGCGAUGUGGUCUCGGCCAUCGGAGCGUUUGUCAUCGGGAUCCUCGGCAAUAUCUAUUCGCGUGUAUUUGGCGGAACGGCAUUCACCUCCAUGGUUCCCGGAGUCUUGUUCCUUGUCCCGUCUGGCAUAUCUGCAGCAGGAGGUCUGGCCAUGACGAACACUGCUGGAAGCGACUCGUACUCUCAGGGUCUGACGAUCGGUUUCAGAAUGGUUCAAGUAGCCAUUGGCAUCACAGUCGGACUCUUCGGAUCCGGGUUACUGAUCUACUCGUUUGGAAGAAAGAAGGGUUCCGCGCUCUUCGCCUUCUAG